GAGGCGGUCUGCGGCGCUACAGCCUGCACACCUUCAGAUGGAGAUGAAGUAACAGACGCGUCAGAGAGACAGAAGGACGACAGCGCAAGAGCCGCGGACCCGGACGUUUUCUUUUCCUUGUGGUUCGGGGGGAGACAGGUGACAGAGCCACAUCGACUGACCUGAUCGUCCACCAGUGGAAAUUGGAGCCGCUCUAACCGCCCCAACCCCGCGCACCUUACUACUUUAAUUAUAUGCAUUUGGACCUGAUCAUCUGAAGCCUCGUCCCACCAAGAUGGAAAAUGCGCACACUAAGUCUGCGAGCGAAGUUUUAGACCACUUCGACGUGAACGAAAUCACGGGACUGACUCUGGAUCAGGUUAAAGUCGGUCUGGAGAAAUAUGGACCGAACGAACUUCCAGCUGAAGAAGGCAAAUCCUUGUGGGAGCUGGUGGUGGAGCAAUUUGAGGACCUCUUGGUCAGGAUCCUGCUGCUGGCUGCCUGCGUCUCCUUUGUGUUGGCUUUGUUUGAAGAAGGAGAGGAGACUACCACCGCCUUUGUAGAGCCUCUUGUUAUUCUGCUUAUCCUCAUUGCCAACGCUGUUAUUGGAGUCUGGCAGGAGCGGAAUGCAGAGAGUGCCAUCGAGGCUCUGAAGGAGUACGAGCCAGAGAUGGGGAAGGUGUAUCGCAUGGAUCGCAAGGCUGUCCAGAGGAUCAAAGCCAGAGACAUAGUCCCAGGAGACAUAGUGGAAGUGGCAGUUGGUGAUAAGGUGCCUGCUGACAUCAGAGUGACCUCGAUAAAGUCCACUACUCUACGAGUGGAUCAGUCCAUCCUUACAGGGGAGUCUGUCUCCAUCAUCAAACACUCUGACCCUGUCCCUGACCCCAGAGCUGUGAACCAGGACAAAAAGAACAUGCUGUUUUCCGGCACCAACAUUGCUGCUGGCCGCGCCAUUGGCGUUGUCGUUGCUACAGGCGUCAGCACGGAGAUCGGUAAAAUCCGUAAUCAGAUGGCAUCCACAGAGCAGGAGAAGACGCCGCUGCAGCAGAAGCUGGACGAGUUCAGCCAGCAGCUCUCGAAGGUCAUCUCCCUGAUCUGUGUGGCCGUGUGGGUCAUCAACAUUGGCCACUUUGGAGACCCUGUCCACGGCGGCUCCUGGGUCAGGGGGGCAAUUUAUUACUUUAAAAUUGCUGUUGCCCUGGCUGUGGCUGCCAUCCCUGAGGGCCUGCCUGCGGUCAUCACCACUUGCCUAGCCCUUGGCACACGCCGCAUGGCCAAGAAGAACGCAAUUGUUCGCAGCCUGCCGUCAGUGGAAACCCUGGGCUGUACGUCUGUAAUCUGCUCUGACAAGACGGGGACCCUCACCACCAACCAGAUGUCUGUCUGCAGAAUGUUUGUUGCAGACAAAGUGGAGGAUUCAAGCUGCACCCUGCAUGAGUUCUCCAUCACUGGUUCUACAUAUGCCCCUGAGGGACAAAUUCUUAAAGGAAACAGACCCAUCCAGUGUGGCGACUAUGAUGGUCUGCUGGAGUUGGCCACUGUCUGCUCCAUGUGCAAUGACUCCUCACUGGACUACAAUGAGAGUAAAGGAGUUUAUGAGAAGGUGGGGGAAGCCACAGAGACGGCUCUCAGCACCCUGGUGGAGAAGAUGAACGUCUUUAAGACGGACCUGUCGGGACUCACUAAGGUGGAACGGGCUGGUGCCUGCAACUCGGUAAUCAGGCAGCUGAUGAAGAAGGAGUUCACUCUGGAGUUCUCACGUGACCGCAAGUCCAUGUCCGUCUAUUGCACUCCUGUCAAAGCAGGUGCCCAGAGCAAGAUGUUCGUUAAGGGUGCUCCUGAAAGUGUGGUGGAGAGGUGUGAGUACCUGCGUGUGGGAACAGCAAAGGUAACUAUGACACCAGCCCUGCGUGAGCAGCUGAUGUGUAAGAUCAGGGAGUGGGGGACGGGCAAGGACACCCUGCGCUGCCUCGCUCUGGCCACCCACGACACCCCGCUACGCAAAGAGGACAUGGACCUGGAGAACUCCAGCAAGUUUGCACAAUAUGAGAUGGGGCUAACAUUCGUCGGCUGUGUGGGCAUGCUGGACCCACCUAGGAAGGAGGUGAUUGGCUCGGUGAAGCUGUGCAACGAGGCCGGUAUCAGAGUCAUCAUGAUCACGGGAGACAACAAAGGCACGGCUGUAGCCAUCUGCAGAUGCAUCGGCAUCUUUGGAGAGGAGGAAGAUGUAAAGGGGAAGGCCUACACGGGCCGCGAGUUUGACGACCUCACCCAGGAGGAGCAGAGAGAAGCUGUGAAACGCGCACGAUGCUUCGCCCGCGUUGAGCCAGCACACAAGUCCAAAAUAGUUGGAUACCUGCAGUCAUUUGAUGAGAUCACGGCCAUGACAGGAGACGGCGUGAACGACGCCCCAGCUCUGAAGAAGGCAGAGAUUGGCAUCGCCAUGGGUUCCGGGACAGCAGUGGCCAAGUCGGCGUCUGAGAUGGUGCUGUCUGAUGAUAACUUCUCCACCAUCGUGGCCGCUGUGGAGGAGGGCAGAGCCAUCUACAACAACAUGAAGCAGUUCAUCAGAUACCUAAUCUCCUCCAACGUGGGAGAAGUUGUGUGCAUCUUCCUGACGGCCAUCCUUGGUCUCCCCGAAGCGCUGAUUCCAGUCCAGCUGCUGUGGGUUAAUCUGGUGACUGAUGGGCUUCCUGCCACCGCCCUGGGCUUUAACCCCCCAGACCUGGACAUUAUGGACAAACCCCCCCGCAACCCUAAGGAGCCACUUAUCUCUGGCUGGCUCUUCUUCAGAUACCUCGCCAUUGGAGGAUAUGUGGGCCUUGGAACAGUGAGCGCAGCCACAUGGUGGUACCUCUUUGAUGAAGAGGGACCCCAUGUGUCUUUCUACCAACUGCGACACUUCAUGCAGUGCACAGAGGACAACCCCAUGUUCCAGGAAAUCGACUGUGAGGUGUUUGAGUCCCGCUACCCCACCACCAUGGCGCUGUCCGUGCUGGUCACUAUUGAAAUGUUUAACGCCCUCAACAGUUUGUCUGAGAAUCAGUCCCUGAUCAGAAUGCCUCCUUGGGUCAAUAUUUGGCUGCUGGGAGCCAUCAUCCUGUCUCUCUCCCUCCACUUCCUGAUCCUGUAUGUCGAGCCUCUGCCGCUGAUCUUCCAGGUGACCCCUUUGACCUGGUGUCAGUGGAUUGUGGUCCUAAAGAUUUCUAUCCCAGUCAUCCUCCUGGAUGAGGCACUGAAAUAUAUUUCCAGGAACCAUUUAGAAGCAUAAACUUUUAUCUCACCUUCUGUGGAAAGAUGAUGAGGAGAAGAAAUAUCGGCGGAGAUGGCAGCUGAACUAAGACCUUUCUCUUGUCGCAUUCGCAUAGUUAGACACACACACAGCUACACUCUCCCCUUUAUGAGCUAGGAACCUUUUCUCUCUCCCUGGCCCUUGUUCCCGUCCCCUGCAUGUCCAACACGGCACCACUAAAAACGAGCAAGGCUUAGAGAGGAAGAGAGUGUUUGUGUUCCUUCGAGCAUGGCUUUGUACGAGUGUGUGAGUGGGGAUGUGGGUUGUGUGUGUUUUGAGUGUGUGUUUGCAGAUGCACGACUUUCUUUUAGCUGCGAGGAUGAGAAGAAAAUGCAGGAAAAAAAAGAGAAUAAAACAGCCUUGAGCUUCUUAAAACAAUUUCUGCUCAUUUGCUCUUUUUCACUGAACAGUUCAAACAUAGUGGUGCAGACAUUAGGGAAGGGGGUUGAGAAUGGGGGAGUGGGGUGUGGGAUUUUUGUUUGGGGGGGAGAGCUUGGUUGUAGGUCAACACAAUGCCUGAAAGAGAGACGGAGAAGAGACUAUAAACAUAAAAGUGAAAGGGCAAGAAUACAGAAGAUGAGGACAGGCAGACCUGGAGGAUGACAUUGCGUGGGAGAGCCACCGUAUUCAUGUCCCGGAGCUGCUGCCACCACCCACACGGCUGCGGGAGCAUGGUCUCAUCACAGCAACUUCCAGUUUGUCUUCGCCUUUUCUGUUUGCACUUCCUCCAAGCAAGCUCUUCUUGGGGUUACCCUCCUUUAUGGUUUCUAUUGCUCUGUCUCUCUUUCCUGUGCUCUGUUUGAGGAAGCAGCAUUGGGCCUUAGGUUGUGGCCCAUUCAGGCUCUUAUUUUGGUGGUGGAUGGGGGGGGGGGUUAAAGGUGUGAAUGGCUUUACGCUGCUUGGCUGCUUCUAUCAGCUCUUGAUUCGAGGAGCUGAGGUCAGCUGACGCACUGGGCAAACCUUAAGACCUAACAAAGGAAACAUGAUCCCUAACAAAGCUAAAAAACAAAAAUACAAAUCCUAGAUCCAGGUAAGACUCAUCCAUAAGAAUCAAAUCACUUCUUAUCCACACACACACACUCUUCAUAGACUUUUUUAGUAGCACAGCUACCAAAUUGACCCUUCUACAUUAAGACAGGAAGAAAUAGAGCAGCAAACAGCAGCAUGUACAACCAACUUGGCCCCUAAUAUCCUUAAACUUUAGUUAAAGCUAGAGAUGCACUGGUCAGUUUUUGUGGCUGAUAUCUGAUCUACUUUUUUUUAAAGCUAACUCCAACUCUUUCUACUCAUCUCUGUUGCAUUCACCAACAGUGAGCAAAUAAAUGUCCUGGAUUUUGCUUCCUGUGUGUCGCUUCCUCAGCUCCUGUUGCUCUCUCAGCGCUUUUGCGGUUUACUUGCUGAUUGUUUUAAAAUGACUAGACAAUGUAUUUGACUGAAUGAACCCAGUGGGGUCUGAAUGUCUGUUUUAAGUCUUAAUUUUACAGGAGUUUGUUUUGGGGGGUCCCUGGUGCUCUGUGGGUGGGGUCAGAGAGUUUGAUUUCCCGUGGAAGGCUCUUGUUUCUUCCAUGUUGUAAGGGUAGGUAGAGAAUUGCCAUUAAAAACUAGAAGGUCAGUCAGGUGCUGGUUUAAAACCUCCACACACCGACGGUUCCCCCUCAGUUUUCGUCAUGGAGAAGAUCUGUUAAGAACUGUAACUAAUAAAUGAAAAAAAAUUUAUUUUCUUAGUAUAAUGUUAAAUUUACUUAAAAUGUUCAAGUCAUGACCAACUGAAUUAUCGCAGAUCUCUGAUGAUACCAACAGCCUGACACAAGGGCAACUGUUCAUGGUAAAUUCUCUGUUGUGUAAUGACACUGGCUUGGGGGAGCUGACGUAAUGGGAAGAUCCUUCCUCUUUUGCUGUUGCUUCCAGACCUGAUUGCUAUAAGUAGGACUCAUCUUCCCAGUGGGACAGUAGAACUAAAGGCAGUCCCCAUCCUGAGACAUCAGUCUGCUGUUCCUCUCUGUACAUCUGUUUGUUUGCCUAAGAAUGUUUUUUUCUUCUUUUAAAUCAACUACAGGGUUAUAGACAUCCAGGAUGUUUUCAGCUCUCCUGGGACCACUCUUAAAUAAUGUAGAUGGGUAUUUAAUAAUAACGCAUCAUCGGAUCGCUGGGAAAGAAAAAUAAGGGUGGACUUAUCCUUUAAUUUCUUAAUUCACUUUAGAAUUAUGAUUUAAUUCCCUGGCACCCACCCUGCCCUACCCUACCCCACCACAUCCACCCAACCCCACCCCCGGGGCCCCAGGUCUCCAGGUCUCUGUAACGUGCUGGCACUCCUGCAACCAGGCACUAUAAGUCUGUAUAGCGUUGUUAUUUACUACUGAGUCCUCAAUUCUGUACAGGCGAGAAGAAUAUGAUCGCAUGGAACUUUGUUACUGUAAUAAUAACCUAUACAGUAUGUAAUAUUUAAUUUUUCUGAUCUUACAUCAUAGUUACAUCAGACAGACUUGCAAGGAAACAGUUUUUUUUACGUCUCCGUUGAGCACAUGGCUAAGGAUCUGUCUUUUUGUUUUCUCUGGUGUGCGUACAAUACAAGGUCAUUUCCUCACUGUUUUGUUUGGUUUUUACAGUUGCUGUUUUGUCUUUACUGUAGAGAAAAAGAUAUGAAAUUAAGAUAGAGACAAGUAGUGCUUAUGUUUGUUAGUGGCAAUGACAUGGCUCAUUUCAGCGAGGGCUAUCUGGUGUGGGAACGCUCAGCAAACUGCUCAUGAGCUGUGUCUGGUUUACACUGAGCGCUGAGCAGUGAUGAAGUCCUGAUGUUUUCUGACUACAUUGUUGGUGAGAAAUCAGGCUCUGGAGACCCACGGCCAUUGUUCUGGGUCUGACGCGUGGAACUUGUUGCGCAAGACUUCCACUUUUAGUCCUUGGUUUGUAAAACUAUGGCCGCCAUCAGUAAAAGCGUUGGAGCAAUCAGGUUCUGUCUUUCUGAUUUUACAGUAUGGAUUAGUGAGAGGUCUACAGAGCCUGAGUUCCACCUCUGAAAAAUAAAAAGGAUUCUCUGUGUUGCCUUGUUAAUAUUAAUUGUGGACACAUAAUUUUAUAAACAACAGAGAUGUGGAAAUAAAGAUUAUUUAUCUUGUUAUUUA